UCCCUAAUGAGACCAUAAUGGCACACACUGAUUUUGCGUGAAGAAGCGUGAAGGAGAUCAUGUGGCAAACAACAGCCGAAGAUUUCGUUGAAUCUGUGCAGGGUGAUUAUGACCCCUAUUCAAGUUACCAGUAUUCUUCUGCCCCCGCUAAUGACUAUGAAAUACAUUCAGGGGACCCAGCAAAAGACCUAGAGCAUGAGCGCCAGUUUCAGCAAUCCACAUUCAUUGUGCCAGAAGUGAUCAAGAGAUUUCUAGUGGAGUUUCAACGCUACAUAAAUGAGGGCAACCUCUACGAGAUACAGAGAGCUUAUGAGAAUGAUUUCAACAAAUUAACUGAUCGUUUCUUCAAGAACACGCCCUGGCCAGAUGCAGAGGCCAUUGCUCCAGUUGUUAAAGACGAUCAACUUUUUCUCACGUUGUACAAGGAAUUGUACUACAGACAUAUAUACGCUAGAGUGGCAAAUGGCCCCACAAUAGACCAAAGAUUUGAAUCUUACUACAACUACUGUAAUCUAUUCAACUUCAUCUUGAGUGCUGAUGGUCCAGUUCCUCUUGAACUACCAAACCAAUGGCUGUGGGAUAUCAUCGAUGAAUUCAUCUACCAGUUCCAAUCAUUCAGUCAGUUCAGAUGUAAGCUGACCAAGAAACCAGAGGAGGAGGUUGAUAUCCUCAGGAGAAGUCCAAAGAUCUGGAAUGUGCACAGUGUGCUGAAUGUGCUUCACUCAUUGGUGGAUAAAUCCAACAUCAACAGACAGUUAGAGAUCUACACCAGUGGAGGUGACCCCGACAGUGUUGCCAGUGAGUUUGGACGUCACUCUAUGUAUAAGAUGUUGGGAUACUUUAGUUUGAUUGGGUUGCUACGGUUACACUCGUUGCUAGGAGACUACUACCAGGCCUUGAAGGCGCUGGAGAAUAUUGACUUCAACAAGAAGAAUAUGUACUCCCGUGUACCUGGAUGCCAGAUCACUACGUAUUACUACGUGGGGUUUGCCUACAUGAUGAUGAGACGGUACCAGGAUGCGAUCAGAACCUUCUCUAACAUCCUCCUCUACAUCCAGAGAACUAAACAGAUGUUCCAGAACCGAGUCUAUCUUUAUGAUCAGAUCAACAAACAGAAUGAGCAGAUGUACAUCCUGCUCUCCAUCUGCCUCGUCCUCCAUCCAAUGAGGAUCGACGAGAGCGUCCACUCCCAGCUUCGUGAGAAACAUGGUGACCGUAUGCUGAAGAUGCAGAAAGGAGAGAUGUCAGAGUUUGAGAAUAGCUUCUCGUACGCCUGUCCAAAGUUCCUGUCACCUGUUCCUCCAAACUAUGACGCACCUCCGGCUAAUUUCCACAAGGAGCCGUACCAGCUGCAGCUGAAAGUGUUCAUGGAUGAAGUCCUGCAGCAAAACCUCCUGCCCACCAUCAGAAGUUACCUGAAGCUGUAUACAACUUUACCCAUCAGCAAGUUGGCUGCAUUCAUGGAAAUGACCGAAGAUGAACUACGCAUUCACCUGAUGUGCUUCAAACAUAAAAUGAAGAAUAUCGUGUGGACAAAAGGAACAAGUGGACUUGAGGGAGAGUUCCAGUCAUCAUCAGAGGUCGACUUCUACAUCAAUAAGGACAUGAUCCAUAUCGCUGACACGAAAGUAGCAAGGAGAUAUGGCGACUUCUUCAUUAGGCAGAUUCAUAAGUUUGAGGAGAUGAACCGGGGUUUACUCAACCUUCCACAUUGAGGGGCAUGUGCCUUGGAGUUGGAUAGUACAGAGGAACCUUACCAGUGCAAAACAUUGACAUGUAGUGCUGCCAAAUUGAAUGUACUUCUGGAGUUUGCUUUGUAAAGAUACAAAAUGUAUUGGGAAUGGAAAUAAAAAAGAUAUAAGGAA